AGCAUUCUGGCCACACUCCCACUCUCGCACAUCCUCCGCACAUAUCUAAUCACAGCCAUGUCGAGCUCGCCAAUCCUCCUGCAAUCCUCCACAUCCAUCCUCCGCCGCAUGCUUGAAUCCAAGAAUCCACUCUUCCGCCUCGACUCCAACCCCAUCAUGCGAGCAGUCCUCCUCGAAACAUUCUACAAGCAAUUCUGCGCCGGCACCAAUGCCGCAGAAAUCGCAAAGUCAACCGCCGAUCUCCGCCAGCUGGGCUACUCCGGCGUGAUCCUCGAAUACGCCAAAGAAGUGCUCAAAGAUGCGGAAAGUAACGAGCUAGCGGAAAUCGCCGAGUGGAAGACGGGCAUGCUCAAGUCCAUCGAGAUGGCCGCACCAGGCGACCUCCUUGGACUCAAGUGGUCAGGCAUGGGACCCGCGGCUAUGAACAGGAUGAAAGACCAACUCCCACCCAGCAAAGAAAUGGACGAAGCCAUGCACAGCGUCUGCAAAGCCGCCGCGGAGAAGGACAUGGCUCUCCUGCCCGCAGCCGAGGAGACCUGGAACCUCGCCGGUUUCCACGACUGGUGUCUAAACUUGCAGCGUGUGUACAACACUUCCGGCAAAGCAGUCGUCUACACCACCUACCAACUCUACCUCAAACAAUGUCCCGCCACCAUCGCCGAGCACCUCGCCCUCGCGAAGAAGGAAGGCUUCACUUUGGGAGCUAAACUCGUCCGCGGAGCAUACCUCGCCACAGAGAAGAGAGAGCUCAUCUGGCCGGACAUCCAAACUACGCACAACGCCUACGACGCCGCCAUGACCGCCCUCAUCAAGCGACAAUACACAUCUUCCAUCCCGCAACCUCCCGGCGCACCCGCUGACUACCCAUCUCUCAACGUCGUCAUCGCCUCGCACAACGCCGCCACGGUCACCCUCGCGCAGAAACUCCGCCAGGAACAAGCUGCUCGCGGAGAAACUCUCACGCCACUCAUCUUCGCUCAGCUGCAGGGCAUGGCGGACGAGGUUUCCUGCCAGCUUCUUGCCGCAGCCAAGCAGAGUAAGGAAGAGGGUACGAUGCCUGUGGAGCGGGUGUUCAAGUGUACGACUUGGGGGCCCAUGUAUGAGUGUUUGAACUAUUUGCUGAGGCGGGCGGCGGAGAAUAAGGAUGCGGCGAGUCGGACGGGGGAUACGAGGAAGGCUAUGGGUGUGGAGUUGAUGAGGAGGGUGAGG